GCCCGCGAACGCUGCGCGCACGCACACGUGUCCUCGGCUCGCUGGCACUUUCGUCCCGCCCCCUCCGUCGCGUGCCGGAGCUGACCCGGAGGGGUGCUUAGAGGUAUGGCUCCGCGGGGUCAAAAGGAGAAGGAUCAGUGAAAGAGGCAUCCCCACACCCUCCCCUAGCACUGUCCUUUCCCCAUCCAGUGCCUCCCAAAUCUCUCUUAGUCCCCAAAUGUAUCCCCGCCCUAAGGGGCGCUGGUGGGAGGAGCUAAAUGUGGGGGCGGAGCUCGGAGUACAGCUCAUUAUCAUAGCAUCUCAGCCAGGGCUGGGGUAGGGGUUUGGGAAGGGCAACCCAGCAUCCCCCGAUCCCAGAGUCGCGGCCGGGGAUGACGCGAGAGAGCGUGGUCGCCCCCAGAAGGCCCCGGGCCAUCAUGCCGGCCUCCACGUAGACCCCGGGGGUCGCUCGCUCCUGCCAGCUCGCCUUCACCAAGGCCAGGAGCUUAGCGCACGCUCGCCUCCCGCCCCCCCGCCGCCUCUGCCGCCGCCCCCUCCUUGGAAACCAAGUUACCAACGUUAAACCAAUCCCCGAGCGCAACUCUGCCUCCCCCACACCCCACCCGCCGCGCCGCGCGGAGCCGUCCUCUAGCCCAGCUCCUCGGCUCGCGCUCUCCUCGCCUCCUGUGCUUUCCCCGCCGCGGCGAUGCCAGGGCCUUCGCCAGGGCUGCGCCGGGCGCUACUCGGCCUCUGGGCUGCUCUGGGCCUGGGGCUCUUCGGCCUCUCAGCGGUCUCGCAGGAGCCCUUCUGGGCGGACCUGCAGCCUCGCGUGGCGUUCGUGGAGCGCGGGGGCUCGCUGUGGCUGAAUUGCAGCACCAACUGCCCUCGGCCGGAGCGCGGUGGCCUGGAGACCUCGCUGCGCCGAAACGGGACCCAGAGGGGUUUGCGUUGGUUGGCGCGGCAGCUGGUGGACAUUCGCGAGCCGGAGACUCAGCCCGUCUGCUUCUUCCGCUGCGCGCGGCGCACACUACAGGCGCGUGGGCUCAUUCGCACUUUCCAGCGACCAGAUCGCGUAGAGCUGAUGCCGCUGCCUCCCUGGCAGCCGGUGGGCGAGAACUUCACCCUGAGCUGUAGGGUCCCCGGCGCCGGGCCCCGUGCGAGCCUCACGCUGACCCUGCUGCGGGGCGCCCAGGAGCUGAUCCGCCGCAGCUUCGCCGGUGAACCACCCCGAGCGCGGGGCGCGGUGCUCACAGCCACGGUACUGGCUCGGAGGGAGGACCAUGGAGCAAAUUUCUCGUGUCGCGCGGAGCUGGACCUGCGGCCGCACGGACUGGGACUGUUUGAAAACAGCUCGGCCCCCAGAGAGCUCCGAACCUUCUCCCUGUCUCCGGAUCCCCCGCGCCUCGCUGCUCCCCGGCUCUUGGAAGUUGGCUCGGAAAGGCCCGUGAGCUGCACUCUGGACGGACUGUUUCCAGCCUCAGAGGCCAGGGUCUACCUCGCACUGGGGGACCAGAAUCUGAGUCCUGAUGUCACCCUCGAAGGGGACGCAUUCGUGGCCACUGCCACAGCCACAGCUAGCGCAGAGCAGGAGGGUGCCAGGCAGCUGGUCUGCAACGUCACCCUGGGGGGCGAAAACCGGGAGACCCGGGAGAACGUGACCAUCUACAGCUUCCCUGCACCACUCCUGACCCUGAGCGAACCCAGCGUCUCCGAGGGGCAGAUGGUGACAGUAACCUGCGCAGCUGGGGCCCAAGCUCUGGUCACACUGGAGGGAGUUCCAGCCGCGGUCCCGGGGCAGCCCGCCCAGCUUCAGCUAAAUGCCACCGAGAACGACGACAGACGCAGCUUCUUCUGCGACGCCACCCUCGACGUGGACGGGGAGACCCUGAUCAAGAACAGGAGCGCAGAGCUUCGUGUCCUAUACGCUCCCCGGCUAGACGAUUCGGACUGCCCCAGGAGUUGGACGUGGCCCGAGGGCCCAGAGCAGACGCUGCGCUGCGAGGCCCGCGGGAACCCAGAACCCUCAGUGCACUGUGCGCGCUCCGACGGCGGGGCCGUGCUGGCUCUGGGCCUGCUGGGUCCAGUCACUCGGGCGCUCUCAGGCACUUACCGCUGCAAGGCGGCCAAUGAUCAAGGCGAGGCGGUCAAGGACGUAACGCUAACGGUGGAGUACGCACCAGCGCUGGACAGCGUGGGCUGCCCAGAACGCAUUACUUGGUUGGAGGGAACAGAAGCCUCGCUGAGCUGUGUGGCGCACGGAGUACCGCCGCCUGAUGUGAUCUGCGUGCGCUCUGGAGAGCUCGGGGCCGUCAUCGAGGGGCUGUUGCGUGUGGCCCGGGAGCAUGCGGGCACUUACCGCUGCGAAGCCACCAACCCUCGGGGCUCUGCGGCCAAAAAUGUGGCCGUCACGGUGGAAUAUGGCCCCAGGUUUGAGGAGCCGAGCUGCCCCAGCAAUUGGACAUGGGUGGAAGGAUCUGGGCGCCUGUUUUCCUGUGAGGUCGAUGGGAAGCCACAGCCAAGCGUGAAGUGCGUGGGCUCCGGGGGCGCCACUGAGGGGGUGCUGCUGCCGCUGGCACCCCCAGACCCUAGCCCCAGAGCUCCCAGAAUCCCUAGAGUCCUGGCACCCGGUAUCUACGUCUGCAACGCCACCAACCGCCACGGCUCCGUGGCCAAAACAGUCGUCGUGAGCGCGGAGUCGCCACCGGAGAUGGAUGAAUCUACCUGCCCAAGUCACCAGACGUGGCUGGAAGGGGCUGAGGCUUCCGCGCUGGCCUGCGCCGCCCGGGGUCGCCCUUCCCCAGGAGUGCGCUGCUCUCGGGAAGGCAUCCCAUGGCCUGAGCAGCAGCGCGUGUCCCGAGAGGACGCGGGCACUUACCACUGUGUGGCCACCAAUGCGCAUGGCACGGACUCCCGGACCGUCACUGUGGGCGUGGAAUACCGGCCAGUGGUGGCCGAACUUGCUGCCUCGCCCCCUGGAGGCGUGCGCCCAGGCGGAAACUUCACGUUGACCUGCCGCGCGGAGGCCUGGCCUCCAGCCCAGAUCAGCUGGCGCGCGCCCCCGGGGGCCCUCAACAUCGGCCUGUCGAGCAACAACAGCACACUGAGCGUGGCAGGCGCCAUGGGAAGCCACGGCGGCGAGUACGAGUGCGCAGCCACCAACGCGCACGGGCGCCACGCGCGGCGCAUCACGGUGCGCGUGGCCGGUCCGUGGCUAUGGGUCGCCGUGGGCGGCGCGGCGGGGGGCGCGGCGCUGCUGGCCGCGGGGGCCGGCCUGGCCUUCUACGUGCAGUCCACCGCCUGCAAGAAGGGCGAGUACAACGUGCAGGAGGCCGAGAGCUCAGGCGAGGCCGUGUGUCUCAACGGAGCGGGCGGCGGCGCUGGCGGGGCGGCAGGCGCGGAGGGCGGACCCGAGGCAGCGGGGGGCGCGGCCGAGUCGCCGGCGGAGGGCGAGGUCUUCGCCAUACAGCUGACAUCGGCGUGAGCCCGCUCCCCUCUCCCCGCGGGCCGGGGGACGCCCCCCAGACGCACACGGGGGCUUAUUUAUUGCUUUAUUUAUUUACUUAUUCAUUUAUUUAUGUAUUCAACUCCAAGGGCGUCACCCCCAUUUUCUACCCAUCCCCUCAAUAAAGUUUUUAUAAAGGAA